AUGAGAAAGUACCAGUUGAUUAGUAGGAAGAAGCCUCUCGUAAAAGGGCAUCACGAUAUUUCGUAUAAAGCUGCACACCUCCAUUCAUUGCCGUACGAGAUAUUGGUUGAAAUUUUCCAGUACUUGCACGAUGACUUGAAGACACUAUUGCAGCUUUCAUUGACCUGCGUUAAAUUUAACAGUAUUGUCAACAAGAACUUGAUGUAUAGAGAGGUGAGGUUGAAUGGGGUAAGAAAUUUUAAAAAAUUUACUUCGGUGCAUAUACCCAUGAUGACGUUGUCGAAAAGAUUUUCGUUAUCGUCACAACUGCUGCAAGCUCAACAGCAGCAACUGUUGAACCCAUCUUCCAAAAUAAACUUGAUCUACCAGCUAGAAGUUUCUAAUCCUCCCACGAAGGCUGCGGGUAACGUGAAGACGACAAUAGCUGGUUCUUACCAUAUAGAGGGAAUCACUGGAAGCAACCACAGCAAGGAUACAGAGCAUAAAGACUAUAUAACCUCGUUGGUGAACAUCCUUCGUGAAUCGUACUCACUUAAAAUCCUAGUGAUUAGUGAAAUCUCCCCUCUUUUCUCGUUUCCUGAGUCCCACCACCAUGAACAGUCCCCCUCCAGUGGAAAUAGCUUCUUUCUGAGUUGGAAACAUAGAAAUCCUCCCAAGAGAUCCUUGGAUAAAUUGGUGCUUAAAUCCCAAAGUGGCUGGUCCAUCCCAUUCAAAUACUCUCACAUAUCUUCAUUAUUUGAUGUGUAUGACACUAUCGGAGAACUCGUGUUAUGCAACUUCGUUAUUGACGAAUCAAAAUUGCAAGCACUGUUGACCACGAAAAAACCGAUUAUCAUCAAUAAGCUUACUUUGCUGUCUUGCACCUUCCUCCUUCCAACUAAUAGAACGCCAAAGAGGAAACCUUGUGACAUCUUCUUGCAUAUAUCGCAUCUACAACUAAACAAUAUUACUUCUGGUAAGGAUCUCUCAGUUAUAGACUUUAUCAAGACAAACAACAUGCUUUCGAAGAUAACUAUCGACUUCACUUCACCAGUAUUCUAUGGCUCUUCCGCAACGUUCAAUUUUGCUCGAUACAACCUUUUCUUCAAAUUAUUGUGUUCAGGAAGUGGAGCCUACUCCAAUUUGAAGGAGUUAGAAUUUAUCAACUUCACUUUACUCGAUAGCCAUGGUCAUCUUCAUCAAGUGGAAAAGGCGGAUACUGGUGAUUCAGAUCAAGAAAGAGAUGACUGGGUUGAACCUCCAUCAGAUACUUUUGAAUCCUUGUUAAGGUUUUUACUGUCGAUCCCUCUGCUAACAAUAACAUUAAAGGAAAGGCCAGAAGGACCUAUGACUUGUGUUAAUUGUGGAACUACCAAAGAAGUGGCAAGACCAAGAAGAAGUUAUUGUGACUGGCUCACAAUCUUGAAACCUUUGGUUAAGCAAAAUGAAAAAUGUAAUGUUAAAAUUUUGGGACAUAAAGGAAACGUCUUGUUCAAAAAGGAGGUUGAAUCAUAA